CGGCGUCAAACUUUGACAGGUAAACAUAACCCUAAAAAUGAAAGAUGCUAAAAACAUCGCGAUAGAAGAUUUACCAGAAACUUGCAGACUUUGCUUGAGUAGCAGAAGUUCUUCGGAUAUAUUUAAAGUUAAAAGAAAGUCGGUGUUGUUUACAGAGUUGUUGGAGAGUUACACGUCGAUUAAGGUGGAAGAAAAUGAUGGAAAACCCGAUAAAAUAUGUAAAGUGUGCGAAAAUAAGAUGUAUUCAGCCUAUUAUUUCUUUCAAACGUGUAAAAAAUCUGAUGAAUACCUGAAAAAGCUUCACAUCAAACAUAAAUCAAAACUUGAAGAUACCUUUGAUCAAAACGACGAACUACCUUUAAUUGACCUAAUAAAAAUCGAAAAACUAGAUGUUAAACCGGAAUUAAUAAACGAAGUCAAUGAUAAUGGUUGUGAUAAUGAUGAAAAUAACAUAGAGGAUGACAUAGAUGACGACAAAGAUGAAUUAUAUGUUCCUGAUACUUUAAAAGAAGAAAAGACUGAAGAAAGCAUAGACGAAAACGAGGAAGAGGAAGAAUUCGUCGAAAAGAAACGCCCUGGUAGAAAAAAAGGCUCAAAAAACAAAAUUUACCCGGGUGGUAAAGAAAUCAAACGUAGAAGACACUAUUCAUGUAAAGUUUGCAAUGAAAUUUUCACGGAUUUGGAGUCGGUUAAAAAGCACAGGAUAGAAUUUAAACAUUUGAGGAAUAAACGGCAUGUUUGUCCGACUUGUAGUAAAACUUUUGAGUGUAAUUAUAGAUUGAACGAGCAUAUUAGGACUCAUACAGGUGAAAGGCCCAACGUUUGUGAUACUUGUAAUAAAAGGUUUAAUUCAAAGUCGGAUUUGAAGAGACAUGUGGUUAUUAUCCAUUUAAAUAUCAAGAAGUAUAAGUGUCAGCAUUGUGGAAAAGGUUUCAGUCGUAAAUUCUACUUGCGCGACCACGAGCGCACGCACACUGGCGAGCGCUUGUACAGCUCGUGCUGCGCGAAAGAAUUCACCUCGUACUACUCGCUCUACCACCACGAGAAAAAGCACAAGUACAACAAAAAGUACGUGAAAAAGGUAGACCCGAACAAGCCCGUGAAGGAAAAAGCGGAAGACGAGGGCAACUACCCGUGCUACAUCUGCCCCAAAGUGCUGCGCACCGACUACUCCCUCAAACGUCACAUCUCCGUGAAACACGACGCGCGGAAUUUGACGUGCGACGAGUGCGGCGGCGCGUACGCCAGCAUCAGGCAGCUCAACGAGCACAUUCGCGGCACGCACAAGGACCACCCCUACACCAUCGCGCACAACAUUAAAGAAUUCAGCUGCAUGAUCUGCGCGAAAGAAUUCAAGUAUAAAAGCUCUCUGAGAGACCACAUGCGGGUGCACACAGGCGAUACGAAGUUCAAAUGCGCCGAGUGCGAUAAGAUAUGCUUGAACAAGCGGAAGCUGAACGAGCACACGCGCAUCCACACCGGCGAGAAGCCGUACACUUGCAGCUACUGCGGGAAGAGCUUCCGCACGCUGACGAACAUGUCCGAGCACCAGAAAACGCACACCGGCGAGAGGAACCACGUUUGCAGUAAGUGCGGGAAGAGCUUUUUCGACGCGAGGACGCUAAAAAAACAUUCGAUGACCCACGGUGCUAAUCAGAGUGACCUGGAAAAUGUUGCGCAGCCCGUUUAAAAAUUAAAAUAUUUGAACUUUAGAAAUCCGAAAAAUAGAAGUAUUAUUAUAUUAACAAAUUCAGAUUUAUCGCGUAAAAAAAUAGAGAUGGGUAUUGGAAGUUUCCAGUUACCGGAAACUUUCUCAGCAUUUUAAGUUUAAAUAACUACAAAUUUACUACCAAGUCAACUUUAAAGUAUUUUUUUACGGUUAACCAAAACGGUUUUAUAACGGUAUAGAUACGAAAAAUUACCAAAUUUGGGGAAUUUUUUAUUUCGUCAUUUUACCUACCUAAUAACCUUUUUGAUCUACUAAAAAAAUAACGUCAUAAAAACAAUAUACAGGGUGUUAUGUAAUUAAUGUUAUGUAUUAAAAUACUGAAUACC